AUGAAUACCUCCCGCGAGCCCCCUCGGCCUCGUUACCGGGACCAAUGUUCUCGAGGCGCUUCAUAUCGCAAUCCACCCGAAUACCAGCCAGACGAUGUUUACUUUGUGAGAGACGGUGAUAGACGCUCCAACUCCAACACGCCGCUGAAGCGCAUGCCCAGGGUAAAGAAAGGAAGAUCAGGGCAGUCGCGCGGCGAUGACUACUGGCAGAACCAACCCGCCGAUGACUACCAGCGAGGAGAGUUGGACCAUGAUUUUCAGUUUCCUACGGAGCCGCCCCGUGAGCGGAUCCAGAUAAAGAAUACUCCACGCCAUCGACUCGAGGCCGGAGCUAUAGGCAGGCCGUGGUCUUGGAUAGACACCGAGGGGAUCACUGUUGAGGUGACCAGUCUGCCUGAGUCCGAUGCCGAACUGGUUGAUGUACCGCGAAUGGACCCCAUGGCAGAGUCUAACCCUGAGGAAGAUGGCAUGCAGUUGAAUCUCGUGCCGGUCACGGAUGCAGAGCUUCUACUUCUGAAAGAUUUUCGGAAGUUCAAGGACCGACAGCGCAAAAACAUGUAUCAACGCGCUGAUACCGCUCGAGCGCAGAAGCCGGCAGGCUCCCAAACCAAAAGAACCGAUCAGCAGAAACAGCAGCUCGUCGAGCAGGAGCAGUCUGAGGAGCUUGACGGCUCGGAUGCUCCACCUGUUUUGAUUCGCAGUGCCUAG